UGUAAUUUCAGUUGCGUUGUGGGUCGCUUGGUGUUAGAAGAGCGUGCGCUACAUGGAGCUCUGUUAACAAUAGUGCUGGAUUGAAUUGUGUAAGUUCUAUAUCAUUGCUUUGACUGCUGUAUCGAGCUUAUCACCAACUUUUAGAUAACCUGAGUCAACAACCACACGUUGUGCGUCGCAUCGAGAUGUCAACCCUUGAAGUGAACAAGUUUGUCACGCCGGAGAUGUGUAUGUACUGCUUCGACGUGCUGAAUGCGUCGCUGCAUAGCAGCCAAUUUCCCGUGGAGCCUCGAUUUCAAAACGAUAGCUUUCCACUGUUUGUAACAUGGAAAAUCGUACACGGAUCAGAUAAGCGCCUACGAGGAUGCAUUGGCACCUUCUCGAAGAAGAAGCUUCAUCUUGGCCUCAAAUCAUAUGCUUUGUCAGCGGCCUUGGAGGAUAGCAGGUUUGACCCAGUGACUGCUACGGAGUUGCCCUCACUGCAGUGCACAGUGUCGUUGCUGAUCGACUUCGAGAAGGUGGACGAUUGCAUGGACUGGGAGAUCGGCAUUCACGGGAUUUGGAUCGAGUUCAAGGACCACCUUGGCAUGAAGCGAACGGCCACCUAUCUGCCUGAGGUGAUGAGUGAGCAAGGGUGGACGCGGAUGGAGGCUCUCGAGUCGCUGCUGCGAAAGGGCGGGCACGUGGGCAGGGUUAGUAAAGCGCUGAUCAAAGGCAUAACAUUAACGCGAUACAAGAGUGAGAAGACGUCUAUGACAUACGGUGAUUACGUUCAGCACCACAUACACAUUCGUGAGCAGCAUGAACUACCACUCCCGGAUUGGAUCACCGUCAAGGCAUAGGCGUAUGCUCGAGUAGGCGUACAGCCCGUUGCCCGGAAUACAGCAGUAUAAACGAACUUUAUUUGUUACACACCCCCGGCCCAAGUUGUGUCUAGACCUCGCUCUGAUCCGAUAGUGAGCUGUAGUGUAAACGUUAGCGUUUUUGGUCACUCGGAUUAGGCAGAUCUGUGUACCAGGGCGUCUAUUGGAGCGCUUAUCGCGUUGAUACUAUGUGCGAUGACCCGUGGUAUGGACGAUGAGGAGGUCUGCCGAGCCAAAUGGGCGGCCGCACACAGCACAGAUGUGUGUAGAAAGAAGAAGCCGCUACUACACUAUUACCACUUAAGCAAUAGUCGGAGUUGUUGACAGGAGACUAGGGUUUUAGAAGAAGCUGAGACGACACCUGUAGGCAAAAUGAUAGGAAGUGCCGGGUUACGCGAAUAGAGGGCGUGACUUCGCUGAUCUAUUUUUAGAUUCGGGAGAGCAUCCCCAGCGAUGACAUCCACCACCAAUCCCUUCGUCUACUCUACCUUUCAACUCGAUAUUAGAUUGCCCAGAAUCAACAACCCAAUUCCGUGAUCCUUAAUUUAUUUUUUUUGGCCAAAGUUUGUUGAGAGGGUGAGACCGUGAGUAAUAAGAUAGUCCAAAGAUAUAACUAAAUCAUCAGUGUACAUACAUAUAACUAAAUCACCAGUAUAUAUACAUAUAACUAAAUCACCAGUA